CGUAAUGUCUGCUGAUAUGGAUGACAAGAUCGCUACUGUUACAAAGUUCUAAGUGAUUUUUAAUUUGUGAAUAAUUAGAAUAUAAAUAUUCAAAAACUAGUACAAAUUGUAAAUCUUCAUCAGUACAACUAUCUUUAUCAUAUUUGUUAUUCAUGUCUUAAAGCUAGAAAAGGUUAUAAGUAAAAGGCACUAACGAUGAUGGACGGAAACGAUAUUAUAGCCUCUGAAUCUAGAAGAGGAGGUUUAAGUCAAGGCUGGAUUCGUAUUUCUCAAAUUUAUCAAGGACUUUUAGAUAAAUGGACACCACAUAUAAAGAGUCGAUGGGCAGGCAGUAUAUUACUUAUAGCUAUAUUCAUCCUCCGAAUAUUUUUAAAACAAGGCUGGUAUAUAAUCACUUAUGCACUAGGAAUUUACCAUUUAAACUUGUUUAUUGCAUUCCUUACACCAAAAAUAGAUCCUGCUAUGGACUUUGAUGGAGAGGAUGAUAAUGGUCCUGCGCUUCCAACAAGAGCCACUGAGGAAUUUCGACCAUUCAUUAGAAGAUUGCCUGAAUUUAAAUUUUGGCUCUCGGUCACAAAAAGCACCAUUGUGGGUUUCUUCUGUACAUUCAUUGAUGCAUUCAAUGUUCCAGUAUUUUGGCCUAUAUUAGUGAUGUAUUUUAUUACGUUGUUUUGUAUAACAAUGAAGAGGCAAAUUAAGCAUAUGAUUAAAUACAGAUAUUUACCAUUCACUCAUAACAAGCCCAAGUAUAGAACUGUGGAUUCAACCAUGACUGGAAACUGACAGUGUAUGUCAAUAAAAAUAAAUAAAUAAAUACUACCUUAAGCUGUCAAAGAAGUUUGUAAACUGUUGUAUGGAAUUAUUUUUAGAAAUACAGUUUAUAUUAUAAUGUU